AGGAAUAUCAUUUUGUGUAAAUGUGAUUUAUCGGAUAUUUAAAACAUCCUUGUAAAUGUUUCAUUUUAUUACUUCUAAAUAUGUUCCCUUUCCACAAACAUUUAUUCUGAUGCUCUGAAAUAGUUCAAAUUCAUGUAAAUGUUAAGGUUUUGGAGGUAAUGUAGCCAAGGGUUUCACUGUCUUACACGAAAUUAAAUGGAAAUUGUUAAGUAGGCCGAUCUUUAUUACAGCAAGCUUUUAGGGAGGGUAGCGCUGCCCUCUCCACAGAUAUUCUAAAAUUGUUGAUUUCCCCAUCCCCUUUUUUUCAUAAGUUUUUUUGAAACAUGCCAAAGACAAUGUGUUGAUGUCUUAGUGACGAAAGCUAGAGUUCUGUCAGCACUUUUCAUUAAAGUUAGAUUUUAGCCUAUGCCUUCAUCAUGUGCCAUAGAUUUAGUUUGGGAUUAGCAAAUGCUAAUCCACAUGUAAAGCUCUCUAUGAUCAACACAUCUUUAGCCAUCUGAUUACAUUUGUUAAUGUACCUUUUAACUCCUCUUGUUAUCCUUAAUUUUAAGCGAUGUGAACAAAUUCACAUUUGUGUCUUUCCUAGUCACUUCGACUUCUAACCAGGUAGUCUAUCAAAGCCCAGUCCCCCAGAGCAAGCUCAGAUUAUGUAGAAAUCUCCUAAUGUCCCCCUCAACUCUUAAGACAGGGCCUUUUGUGUGCAAAGUUCUCACGACUUAUGGAACUUCACUAACUUGAGAAGAGAUGAUAAACCGUCUCCCCAAAAGGUAAUUGUUCAUUUCAAGGCACUCUUCCGGAGAUGCUUUUAGGCCAGUGCUGCAUCUGAUGGAGGCAAGGAGGAUAAGAGCUGUCCCCAAAUGUGGGGCUGAUCACUCCAGUCCCGCUGAUAAAUCUCUGAAGUGGGAAAUAGUGUUCCCUCCACAGGGCCUCAGCGUGUGAGGGAAGGAGGGGGAUGGGCAGGGGCCAUCAGGGGAGAAGUCUCCGGCCUUUCCACGUCUCUCAACACCAUCCCUCCCCACCCCGCCUCCUCCUUGCCCGAAUCCUAAACAAGCCGGCGGGAGAGGGGCCCCGGGGGCAGGCUGGGCCGGGAGGCUCGGCCUUUGUGGCUCUGUCCUCGACGGUGGCGGGGAAGCAGAGGGGGCGGGGACGCGGGCCAGAGACCCUCAGCCGGGGCUUGACCCCCAGGUGCAUUGUCCGGCGGGGGCCCGUCCUCCCCCACCCCGGGGGCCGCGACCCGGCCGCCACCGGGCCCCCUCCCAGCGUCUCCCUCCGCCGGCCGCGCCGACCUCGCGGUCCCCAGACCAGGGGCCAGAUGUAGAAAGUAGUCCCCAGGCCGGCAGCAGCGGUGCUGUCCACUCCGCCGCCCCCGCCUCCUCCAGCCACCGCCUCACUCCGCCCCCAGGCCGGACUCUCGGGGCCCCCCGCCUCCUUGGAGCGGGUGUCCGUGCGCCGGCCUCGCCGCAACCUCAGAGUCCAGGGCCGGCCGCCCCGCGCCACGCCACGCCACGCGGGUGCCCGAGCGGGAAGCCCAGGCGGUGCGUGUCCAGCCGCGGCGCUGGGGGCUGCGGAGGCGGGGGACGGCAGGCGGACAGCGGCUGCUGGGCGGCCGGAGAGCAUGCCCGCGCAGCCCCGCUGAAUGGCGCCUUCUCUGCGACCCCUCGCCCGGCCGCGGCCGCCAGGGAUGCUGCUGCUGCUCCGCGCGCUCCUGCUCCUGCUCCUGCUGCUCCUCGGCUCGGUUCCAGGAGUGUGUUGCUUUAGUGAACUGUUUUUUAUAAAAGAACCACAGGAUGUAACUGUCACAAGAAAGGAGCCAGUUGUGUUAGAUUGCCAGGCUCAUGGAGAAGUUCCCAUUAAGGUCACAUGGUUGAAAAAUGGAGCAAAAGUGUCUGAAAAUAAACGGAUCCAGGUUCUGUCUAAUGGCUCUUUAUACAUCAGUGAGAUGGAAGGCAAGCGAGGGGAACAGUCUGAUGAAGGAUUUUAUCAGUGUUUGGCAAUGAACAAAUACGGAGCCAUUCUUAGUCAAAAAGCUCAUCUUACCUUAUCAACUAUUUCUGCAUUUGAAGUUCAGCCAAUUUCUACUGAGGUCCAGGAAGGUGGAAUUGCUCGAUUUGCAUGCAAGAUUUCAUCGAACCCUCCUGCAAUCAUAACGUGGGAAUUAAAUCGAACAACUGUACCUUUAACUAUGGACAGGAUAACUGUCCUACCAACAGGAGUACUACAGAUCUAUGAUGUUGGUCAAAGGGAUGCUGGAAAUUACCGUUGUGUGGCUGCUACUGUAGCCCACAGACGCAGAAGUAUGGAGGCUUCUCUGACAGUGAUUCCAGCUAAGGAGUCUAAAUCCUUCCACACACCAACCAUUAUAGCAGGUCCACAGAACAUCACAACAUCUCUGCAUCAGACUGUUGUUUUGGAAUGCAUGGCCACAGGAAAUCCCAAACCAAUCAUUUCUUGGAGCCGUCUUGAUCACAAGUCCAUUGACGUCUUUAAUACUCGGGUACUUGGAAAUGGUAAUCUCAUGAUAUCUGAUGUCAAGCUGCAACAUGCUGGAGUAUAUGUUUGUCGGGCCACCAUCCCGGGCACACGCAACUUUACAGUUGCCAUGGCAACUAUAACUGUAUUGGCUCCUCCUCUAUUUGUUGAAUGGCCAGAAAGUUUAACGAGGCCUAGAGCUGGCACUGCUCGAUUUGUAUGUCAGGCAGAAGGAAUCCCCUCACCCAAAAUGUCAUGGUUGAAAAACGGAAGAAAGAUACAUUCAAAUGGUAGAAUUAAAAUGUACAACAGUAAAUUGGUGAUUAACCAGAUUAUUCCUGAAGAUGAUGCUAUUUAUCAGUGCAUGGCUGAGAACAGCCAAGGAUCUAUUUUAUCUAGAGCCAGACUGACCGUAGUAAUGUCAGAAGACCGACCCAGUGCUCCCUAUAAUGUGCAUGCUGAAACCAUGUCAAGUUCAGCCAUUCUUUUAGCUUGGGAGAGGCCACUUUAUAAUUCAGACAAAGUCAUCGCUUAUUCUGUGCACUACAUGAAAGCAGAAGGCUUAAAUAAUGAGGAGUAUCAAGUAGUCAUUGGAAAUGACACAACUCAUUAUAUUAUUGAUGACUUAGAACCUGCCAGCAAUUAUACUUUCUACAUUGUCGCAUAUAUGCCAAUGGGAGCCAGCCAGAUGUCUGACCAUGUGACACAGAAUACUUUAGAAGAUGUUCCCCUGAGACCUCCUGAAAUUAGUUUGACAAGUCGAAGUCCCACCGAUAUUCUCAUCUCCUGGCUGCCAAUCCCAGCCAAAUACCGGAGGGGCCAAGUGGUGCUCUAUCGUCUGUCCUUCCGCCUAAGCACCGAGAAUUCCAUCCAAGUUCUGGAGCUCCCUGGGACCAUGCAUGAGUACCUUUUGAAGGGCCUGAAACCUGAUAGUGUCUACCUGGUGCGGAUUACUGCUGCCACCAGAGUGGGGCUGGGAGAGUCAUCAGUAUGGACUUCACAUAGGACACCCAAAGCUACAAGCGUUCAAGCCCCUAAAUCUCCAGAGUUACAUUUGGAGCCUCUGAACUGUACCACCAUUUCUGUGAAGUGGCAGCAGGAUGCUGAGGACACAGCAACCAUUCAGGGCUACAAGUUGUACUACAAAGAAGAAGGGCAGCAGGAGAAUGGACCCAUUUUCUUAGAUACCAGUGACCUUCUCUAUACUCUCAGUGGUUUAGACCCUAGAAGAAAAUAUCAUGUGAGGCUGCUGGCUUACAACAAUAUAGAAGAUGGCUAUCAGGCAGAUCAGACAGUCAGCACCCCAGGAUGCGUGUCUGUUCGUGAUCGCAUGGUUCCUCCUCCACCACCACCUCACCAUCUCUAUGCGAAGGCUAACACCUCAUCUUCCAUCUUCCUGCACUGGAGGAGGCCUGCGUUCACCACUGCCCAAAUAAUUAACUACACCAUCCGCUGUAACCCUGUCGGCCUGCAGAAUGCUUCUUUGGUUCUAUACCUUCAAACAUCAGAAACUCACAUGUUGGUUCAAGGUCUAGAACCAAACACCAAAUAUGAAUUUGCUGUUCGAUUGCAUGUGGAUCAGCUUUCCAGUCCCUGGAGCCCUGUCGUUUACCAUUCUACCCUUCCAGAAGCACCAGCAGGCCCACCAGUUGGAGUAAAAGUGACCUUGAUAGAGGAUGACACUGCUCUGGUUUCUUGGAAACCCCCUGAUGGCCCAGAGACAGUUGUGACACGCUAUACUAUCUUGUAUGCAUCAAGGAAGGCCUGGAUUGCAGGAGAGUGGCAGGUCCUACACCGAGAAGGGGCAAUAACCAUGGCUUUGUUAGAAAACCUGGUGGCAGGAAAUGUGUACAUUGUCAAGAUAUCUGCAUCCAACGAAGUGGGGGAAGGACCCUUUUCAAAUUCUGUGGAGUUGGCAGUACUUCCAAAGGAAACUUCUGAAUCAAACCAGAGGCCUAAGCGUUUAGAUUCUGCUGAUGCCAAAGUUUAUUCAGGUUAUUACCAUCUGGACCAAAAAUCAAUGACUGGCAUUGCUGUAGGCGUUGGCAUAGCCUUGACUUGCAUCCUCAUCUGUAUUCUCAUCUUGAUAUGCCGAAGUAAAGCCAGGAGAUCAUCUGCUUCCAAGAUGGUACAGAAUGAAACUCAACCAUUAUCACAUACCAGUGCCUCCCUAGCCCGUGGAAAUGAGGUAGGAAAGAACCUGGAAGGGGCUGUAGAAAAUGAAGACUCCUUAACGCCAAUGAUGAUGCCCAGCAGUUUCAUCGAUGCAAAGGGAGGAACUGACUUGAUAAUUAAUAGUUAUGGUCCUAUAAUUAAAAAUCACUCUAAGAAAAAAUGGCGUUUUUUCCAAGAUUCUAAGAAGAUAAAAGUUGAGCAGGAGCAUGCUAUCAUCACUGACAGUGUUUUAUGUAUUUUUGCCCAGCCUCAAAGAAGAUUUACUCAAUCAGUCUGCUUUUACCAGCCAGGCACAACUGUGUUAACUAGUGAUGAAGACUCCCCCAGCUCCCCAGGUCAGACAACAAGCUUCCCAAGACCCUUUGGUGUUGCAGCCGAUACUGAGCAUUCGGCGAAUAGCGAAGGCAGCCACGAGACUGGGGAUUCUGGAAGGUUCUCCCACGAGUCCAAUGAUGAGAUACAUCUGUCUUCAGUGAUAAGUACCAUACCUCUUACUUCUGAUUCCUUCACUGUCAGUGAUUCCGGUGGGGAUCCCUCGACGAGGAAGUGUGAAGACCCUGCAGUGCCAUCAGAUGCUGAGCAAACUUCCUCUUCAGUUCUGCAGCCACCUUCUGCCAUUCUAAGCUUUGAUAAAAAUGAUUUUCCAAUCUAGACAGCUAUGUUCAGGUAUUCUCACCUUUAAUUCUGUUCGAAGGACAAUGAACAGGGAGCCAAAGCCUUUGUGAAAAUCUUGAUGUCUUAUUGGGUAUUUCAGCCUUUUUUUGAAUGUGGUUUUUUUUUUUAAAUUUUUAAACUCACGUAUUUUGAAUGUUUGAUUGUCAGCAAUGUGAAAAGACAGUCAAGAUAUUUGACUGGAAUAUGAAACUAUAUCACUGGAGCAAAGGGAAGGCUUUUGAAAGCCCCUUUGCUAACUAUCUACCUCAGUUUGCCAGAUGGCAAACUCAGAAGACAACUUUGUUACCUCGUUUGUUGUGAUAGUUUUAUCUCAGCUACAUAACCAAUGAUACUUCCUAGUAGCUUUUUGUUUUCAUUGAUGUAUGUGUAAUGUGUGUGAUCAAAGGAGUCAUAUAGGUAGAUGAGUAAGAAUGUUUAUCUGAAGCUCUGAUUUUUAAAAAAAACUAUAACAUCUGCAUGAUUUGUAUAAUUUAACACUACCUCUGGCUGUGAGGACUAACAAGAGAAAAAGUGGGGCUGUCGAUUUUAGUGAAUGACCAAGACAAAAAGUGUGUCUCUUGAGAAUAGAACUAUUUGGUAACAUUUAGAGAAUACCGUUGCUUCAAGGGCCUUUAUGUUUUGGGCGUUAAAGUCUGAGUGCUUUAUCUGCUGUUUCCCAAACCUCAGCCUGCCUAGAGCUGUGCCUUUUUUACCUUCCCAUUUGCCUGACAGUUAGCCAAAGGCUGCACUGUCUAGUUUGCAAAGCAUCCUCAACAUUUCCAGAAUUAGUUGCAAAACUCCAUGUGGGAAACAGAUUUUUAAAGAGCAUGGGUUAGGAUUUUGUUUUGUUUUUAAUCCCAGCUUGGCUUAAAGGGGUAAAGAAAUUUCAUAAAAUAUUAAGACUGGAGAUAAAUUUAACAGUAGACAGUAAAAUGAACGUGAGGUUAUCAUGGUAACAGUGCCUUCCAUUAUAUAUUAUGAAAUUCUUUGCCUUAUAUCUUUUUAAUAUUCAUGAAGUUGUUAAGGACAGGAGUACAGAAAGUUGCCUUAAGAGUGUCUUGGAUUUUAUCACUAACUAUUUUGAUGUACAGUAUCUUAUCAAAGCAUUUUAGUUUGUUAUCCUGCAGAUUUUGUUUAGGGAUGAGUAUUCAGAGUUCUCCCAUCUCACUUGUAUUUUCUUGAAUUCUUAAGAGAAUUUGGUACUCUUUAAUUUUCCUUCAGUGUCAAUGCUGUGAAGGAGGAAUGCUAACUCCAGGAGUGAGUUAAUCCUCUUGCUGGUUCGAAAUCAGCAAACUGUUUACUCAGCCACACAGAAUAGGCCUUCUCAGUCAUGAGAGUUACCUACUAGGUGUCCAGCAGUGGGAAAGGAUAAAAAAUUAAACACGAGGUGUAGAGAGGGGGCCCUAUUUCCUUUUAAAAGUAUUGUUUCAAAUUAUCUGGAAACAACUUUGAGCCUUACUUUAAAAGGAAUCUAAAUUGUUUUCCCCUUGAAACUUUUGGUUUAUAGAGGGAAGUUAUGUUAAAUGGCGUUAUAAAAUCAAAAGAACAUUACUGAUAAUAGUCCCCCUCUUGUAUCUCCUAUCCCAAUGUCUGAUGAUACAACAUUUUUUAUUGUUUUUUAAUCUGUAUUUUUGUGCCAAACUGGAUAUGUUCAGAAGCAGACCAACAUUAAGUGCUAGCAGCCACUUUUGGACAAAAUUCAAAGUCCCCAUUUAAUUAUCUAAGUAUGGGCUUCACAACAAAACAAAAAAAGCAGAGCUUUAGGUGAACAAUCUGAGGCAAGGAAAAAUGCUGCUCCUGCCUUUAUAGCUCCUGUUUUAUACUACCUCCUUUUAAAGUUAUUCUAGUGUUAUUUUUUUUCCUGUACUCAGGGAAUAUUUUGUUACUUUUGAGCUGCCUCAUGGAAGCAUGAGCAAAUUGACAGGGUAUGGCGUUUUUUGGUUUGUAAGUAGAAGUAUGUGGGGCCUACUUUUAUCAGUAUCUAAAUUUAAGGAAUAUAAUGAGUUCAUUUAUUUUUUUAACUUUCAUUAAAAGGCAAACAAAACCUAAAGCUGAAACAUCAUCUGUCAUGGUUAUGGAAGGCACGUCUAGGACUGUAUAAAUUUGAAUCAUUUUUAAAGCCUAGAAAGAUGAUCUGAAGUCUAUGAGGAAAGUAUUUUGUUUGUUUUUUGAUGAAUAGGCCCAUAGUUAUUGUAGAUCUUUAGGCUAUAACUAUUUGCUAAUUAUUUACCAGUACAUUUUUUACUUUUUCACCUUUUCAUUUUGUUCUUAUACACAUUUUUUCAUAAUCUGUUACCAAAGAAUUUUCAGUAGAAAAUGAAAAUUUGACACUAAUUUCCCCCCAGACUGAAUUAACUAGAAACAUCUAUAGGUAAUGAAGUUUAUACACGUAGUUACUAACCCAAAAUAAUAGGGUUUAUAUUGAUUGUUGUAGUUAAAUAGAUUAGUAAUUUUAACUACCUUAUUGUUACCAGAGCAUUUAAAAUAAGUUCUUUACCAGCAGAACAUUCCAAAGAAUUUCAAGUGUAAUUUUUUUUUCUUCAGCAAGUAAAUCCUCAACUAUACAGUAUUAGAGUAAAAUAUUUUUACAUUGUUGAAACUACUUGUUGGAGAGAAAAAAAAUCUUUCACCAAAGAUAAAUCUUUUGGUCUCAUUGAAUAAGAUAUUUAGCGUACUGCAAAGACUUCUUUUUACUUGGCCAAAGCUAGCUUCUUUGAAACUUUAGGUAUGAAAUAGUAACUAAAAUGUGCAGGUUUCACUUCUCUCUCAUAGUGAUGUUACUUUAUGGUAUUUCACUCCGAAGGGACUAAUAUGCAAAUGGUAACUAUUUUCUUUUCCAAAGACUUAUUUGCUAUAAGUACUGAUACAUGCAUGUCAUUUUUAUGCCAAAUAUUACAAGAUACUGCUCAUCAGUAUUUUCAUACCAAAGACCAUUAAAAUAUAUAGAUUAGCCUGUAAGUAAGUAAAGAUGAGCAGAUUUGAAAUACAUUUAUUUAGAAGCUGAUAGGGAAUCUAGCUUGAGUAGCAAAAGAUAUCAAAGGGCUAAGUUUACAUAUAAAAAGCAAUACAGUUAUACUGGUAUUUAUCAGUGUUUUUAUUCAAGUACUUUUUGUCAGCAAUUUAAAAAAAGAAAAACCAAAGAUAUUUAAGAUUACCUCCACAUAUAGGCAAAUUUAGUUGUACAUUAAACUGUUGUUUCUUGUUUUUAUGUCAAACAAACACGUCUCUCCAGAACCCAUCUGUAUACAAGUAGCAUACAUAGAGACUUUCCAUUAAAUCUGCUGAUUCAGCCACAGGAUGUUUUUGCCAAAUGAUGUGAUAUUUUCCUAAGCACCUUGAGUGUGAGAUGUCAACAGAAAUAUCAGCAGGCUUUCUCAUUGCAGAGUAUUAUGGCAAUCUCUGAACUAACCUAUGCAGUCUUCCUCCUGCUCAAAGCAUUACCUGGUUAACUCAGAAGGCUUGAGGGCAGUCCCUUAGUAGUAGGGAUGUUCUCAUCUCUGCAGAGCACUCAGACAUCACAGGCAAACAAAUCAUAUCACUGUUUGAGUGAGCUAUAUACUCUGAUAGAUGUGCUCUUUAAAGUUGUCCGUAAAUUGAAAUAUUUUAAUUACAUUAAGGGAGCCUGGUAUUUCAAACUUUAGUGGAUGGAACAAAAAUCUUUUUUUAUGAAAUCUGAGGUUUUUUAUUUUGAUUAGCCUAAAAUUCAGACUAUAGUUUUAUCCACUAAGUGGCUUUAAAAAAUGAACUUUGGCACACCAGGGAAAUUAGAUCCUCAGUGAAAUGCCUUUUAUUUGCCUUUGCUUCAGAUACAAGCAGUGCCAAAAUUGGGAACAAUGACAGUGAUUUACAUUAGUUUGUCUUGGCUUUGUUAAGGACUUCUGCCAGAAAUUUGCUCAUAUUGAUGACUCAGGGUCAUUGUUCAAGUCCAUAUGAAGACACCUUUGUAAACAAUUCAAUGUCACAAAAAUAAAAUUGAGAGCUUUUUUUUUUAAUGUAAGAAUAUCCAGAUGUGGCUCCACGUUAGCAGUGGCUAUAGUGAUUUACAUAUAUGUUUAUAUUUCAUUGAAUGUAAAUUUUGAAUACUGAAUGUAAAAAAAAAUUCCAACUAUAUUGAAAGAGCCAUGAUCUUUUAAGUCUGUAUUUUGUAGACUUCAUUUCUGACAGUUUGCCACAUGGGUCUCUAGUCAAAUUGCUUUGAUUUAAUUAAUAGUCAUAAUAAUUUUUGUGGCCUGUGAGCAGAAUAGAGGGUUCUGGAGAUCACCAUACACAACCAGUUGAUUGUGAAUUUCAUUGAUAUUUAGAAGAACAUAUACAUAGAAUUCUGUGUUAAAUUGUUUUAUGCUCAGGAUAUAAGAUCACAGGCUAAUGCAAUGUAUAUGUUUGCAGGCUUUAAUCUUCUCAGGCUGUUUCCUGUUUUAAACCAUUGAAGGUGUUUGAGAUUUACAUGACAGUCUUGCAUUUUUACCAGACAGAUACUGUAUUAUUUUCUUAUUACUGUUGUAACAAAUUACCACAAACUUAGUGGUGUUAAAACAAUACAAAUUUAUUAUCUUCCAGUACUACAGGCCUGCAGUCUGAUAGGUCUCACUGGGACAGAAUCAAGGCCUGUUUCCUUGUCUUUUCUGGCUUUUAGAGGCUACAGACCCACAUCCUUCUCCCUCCAUCCUCAAAGCCAACAAUGUAGCAUCUCUCUGACCCUGCUUCCAUUACCAUAUAUAUCUCUUUUCUGACCCCAACCAGGAAAGGUUCCUCAGUUUUAAGGACUCGUGAUUAGAUUGACCUCACCUGGAUAAACCAAGAUAAUCUCUUCUCAAAAUCCUUAAUUUCAUCAUAUCUGCAAAGUCCCUUUUGUCAUGUGUGGUGACAUAUUUAGAGUCCAGGCAUUUGAACAUGGACUUCUGUAGGUGGCCAUUAUUUUCUCUACUACAGAUUUAUUAUUUCUUGAGAAUUCUGAUUCCCUUAAACUGUCUAUAGCAUUACAGAGAUUAGAAGUCUGAAGUCAUGUGCUCCUGGGCAUGUUCAGAAUUUCAAAACUAUGAAAACCUAGCAUAUGUACACAUUAAACUUUCUAAAUCACUUGUAAAAACAGUUCAGCUUUAAACUUUUUGAAUAUAUGUUUCAUAAAGUAACAUCUCAGUUCUGUGUGUUUAACAGAAAUUUUCCUAAAUAUUUGGCUCUAAUUUAAUGGAAUUUCAUGAGAAAGUUUUGAAAACUGUUAUUAUAGUUGAACUUUCUCUUUUUCUCUUUCUCGAGACUUUCACAGGGACUCAGAGUAGAUAAACAGGACCAUGAUCGAAUUCAUUCUUCAUUUUCUUCUAAAAGCUUAUUUGUAACCAGCAACCUUUCUGCCUUUUAAAUCCAAUAUUUUGUCUAGCUUCACCAGCUCCUGACUCUUUGGUUUUCCGUUUGAUAACCCACCAACUUUCAGCAAGAGCUUCUACUUACCUUGUCAGCAUAAAUAACUCCUAGGAGAUUUUAUCUUUCUUGCCAUUCUUCUUCUUUGAUUCCAAUUGUCCCUUUCCCUGGAAAGUUACAGAGUCCAUAGCUCUAGUUUGUUCUAAUUCCUAGAUCAUUGCAAGUCAAGUCUUUCAGUUUGGAAGGAUAGUUUCUAAUUCUACUCUAAUUUUCAGCAUUUCUUCAACUUAAGAGAUAAAGCUUCCUCCACUAUGAGGUAGAGACCAUGAUGAUAUUCUGAGUAAGGAUAAGAAUGCUGAUUGUUUUUCAGCUGCUUCUGACUAUAAUUUCUAAGGAAAAAUAAUGCAGUUUACUAAACAAAUACAAUGUGCCCAGAAUGUGUUUCAUCCCUCUAAACUGCUACAUUUUGCAAAGCAAAUAUUAUUCCCAUUUUAGAGAUCAGGAAACUGAGGCUUAAACAUGUCUAACUUGGGCAAAGAUCACAGUUAGUGGUUUAGCCAAGAUAUAAACCCAAGUUGCUUCCAACUCCCAAGUUUAUAGUAUUCCUAAUAAAAUGCAUUUUCUCAGCCAAGAAAUGAUAAUUAAUUACCCAGGCUCUUAGUAUCAACACAACCUGUCCAUGUAGUAAUAGCCAGCCAACAAAGAGAAGUCUGUCUUAUUUAUAACCAUCUAUUCACAUGAGGAAUUUUGGACGCUGAGUUGUAACUCACCUUUGUCAUCUCCUAACCUCCUUCUUUCCUCCUUUAAAAUCUCCAAUUUCUCUUAUCCAAAAUUAAGCUGAAAACUGAUGCUUGUGCCUCGAGUUGCAUGAGAAAUAAGGUAGGCAUGGUUUCUGGAGUCCUUAUCUAUUCAAGCAUUUCCUUAUUAGACUAUAUGUUCAGAAGUGAAUUUUAUCUUUUGCAAUUUUCCCACAGUCCCCGUAUCUAAAUAAGAAUUUAUUAACUGGAGAAAGCCAGGUGUAUAACCAGUCAUACUUCUUUGCUAAAUCUGAAGAGUCAGCAGUUUUUAUGAAUGCAACCUAAUUAAUUACUCACACUAAUUUAGGAGGGAGCAAAGUUGAGGGAGAAUCAUAAAGUGGAAGAGUGUAGCAUGAGUCAUUGGAGCACCUAAAUUCUAGUCUUUGACCAUUUUGAGACCUUUUUGGGACAAGAGUUCUUAACCUAUUUUUGUUCCUCUCUAUCCAUGAAAUAAAGAUAAUUUUUUUGUCUGCAGAAUGAAGCAGUAGUACUUUGAAAACUCAAAGAAAACUCAAAUGUAAAUAAUUAUAAUCCCAAAAUAAUUUUUGUGAGGCUGUGAAACAUACCUUAACUGAUUUUUUUUUUGGUUUAUGGGUCAGCCUUUCCAUUUACAUUUUGCCCAUGCUAAAAUGAAAAAUGUUUGUGUUUCCUGUACAUGCACCCAAAAAAUCUAACAGAAGAAAGGGUUGGUAAAAGAUAUAGAAUGAAAUUUAAAAACUAAUCUGUAAUGUAGGUAAAUCUAUAAGAGGAAAUGGGGAUUUACAGUACUUUUGGGAGUGCUUUACAGGAAAUCAUUUUUCACCAAGUUAAUCUUUCAUUUUAAAAAUAUCUUGGCUUUUAAAGAUUUAAGGAAAUAGUCAAAUAUCCCGAGAGGGGUAGAUAAGUAAGGAGAAUGUUCAUUUUUAGGAUUCUUCUUUAACAGAUCUAUUUUUUUCAAGAUUAUGGAACAUUUUAACAUUUCUUUAAACUAUUUGGAAUAAAUUUUAUAUAGGGCAACACCUAUUGGCACCUAUUCUAAUUUACUCAAGUCUACCUUUAAGGCUUACUGGGAAGAAUUAUAUGAUUAUCUUUUUUCAGAGAAAAGAAAUAUUUUCCCUAACUUUUCUUUGCACCAUCCAGAAUCACUCUUAGUAGAAUCCAUGAGAUUAUACUAAGAUUCUGAACACUUUUGCAGAUUUAUUCAAGCUAUAUCUUGUUAAGUAGUUCAUGGUAUUAGACACAGUCUUAACUUAUAAACUUUAUCUUUAAAAAUUUAUGUUACAGAAGUUUAUUUUUCUACAAAACUGUCUUUAAAAACACCAGCAAAAAUAAUAAAAUUUUGGCUAAAACAUUCUUUCUCCUGUUUUUACAAUCUGUACAUCUAUUUUCUUUGCAAAUGAAAAUGAUUACUGAUGAUUAUUAACUUGAGCCUGUUGCAGGAAUUGCAAAGCCUGAAUAUAUACAUACAUUGCCUUAGCCUAUCAGUAGAAUAGAUGAUAUAUAUUAAGUUUGUCUGUUUGUUGCUGUUGUUGGACAAAAUUUCAUGUCUUUGUAUGCAUGAUUUUUUUUCCUAUUUUUUUUUCAAAGAUGUGAAUUAGAUGAAAGCGUGGGAGCCAGUUAUAUUAUUUCAUAUUAUGGGUGUUCUGGAUCCUUUUGCUCUAUAUACCAUAUUCUUGUAAGGGCAGCAUUUGCAGACUUGCUAAUGGACUCUAGAGCUGAGCUAUUUUAAUUUUAUACUUGACUCAGGGGAUCAGCUCUGUGAACUCCAUUGCAUGAAGAAAGCUAAUGUUUGCCUUGAUUUUGAAUGUACCUUUUUAAUGUCUUCUUAAAACAUUUUUUGUUUAAUAAUGUGGGUUUUUUUCCUUUUUCUAGCUUCAUGGUAAAUAUUGCCUAGUAUUUUUCCCCUCCCCAGGGUAGUUUAUAUACUAUCCUACAGGUCAUGCCAAAAAUGAAUAAAAAUUUAAAUGCCAAAAUGUUUAUGAAACUGCUGUCUAAAUACUGAUUGAUUGCACAGUUUAAAUAAA